CUGGCGGAGCCAAUCAGGGGCAGUUUGUCUGUUACAUUGUGUCCAUUUCACCCAGUGAAACUGAUUUGGAUACAUUUUCAGCCGCGUUACAUUGUAUCCCGGUGCCGUUGUUACUUUUCCCGGGAGAGGGAGACGGGGUGGAAUCGAGCCUGUUUAAGGAGAAGUGGGAGUGUACCCUGGAUCGGGGGCCCGAAAUAGUCCAACAAAUGGCUCGCAAAGCGGCAGCGAGUGCCCCCAGCCCCGGGCUGGAUCGCCGCCGGAUCGGGGAGAGGCUGGAAGCCAGCCUGGCCGGUCUGCAGGAGCUGCGGCUUCUCCGGGAGAGGCACCGGGAGACCGUCCAGAGGUUGCUGAAGGGACGGGAGGAGGAGGAGGAGGAGGAGAUAGAGGACGAAGAAGACGUGGGAGAGGAGGCAACAAGCGGGGGAGCCGGGAUCGAAACCCCAGAGGGACUGCAACAUCCGGCUGGAGCAACAGGUCGCGCCGAGCAGACUCGCUCGCUGGCUCCCGGUCACCCCGAACGACAGCAGGGUCCUACCCAGCCAGUGGCCGUGAUCUUUUCAGAGGUGCCGAUCGACGAACAGCCCCGUGAACCCCCUGGUGACCCGUCCACCCCUGGGGAACCCCGUCCCUCUCCGCUAAGGGGGGACGAAGCCAGUGCCCGGCGACCCCUGUCCGCUGAGGCGGCCAAAACCCCCGGUCUGACACGGGGGCCGAGAGUGGAUCAGCUGGCGGAGUCGCCCCCUAUCUCCGUGGGUCUGGAGCGACUCGGGUCAGGGAUACUGCUCACUGACGGUCCGGCGGAGAAUCUCGACUCGGAUUCCAGGCCUAGCUCAGGUUUUUACGACGUCAGUGACAGCAUGUCGUGCUCCCCCUCGAACUCCUGUACGUCGGUGUACAGCGAGUGUCCGUCCAGCUCGCGGUGGAGCGUGCAGUCCCUCUCUCAACUUGCCCGGCCAAACGGCCGCCGGAACAGACCCCGCUCGACUGACGACGCCGCCGCGAUCUGUUUCGGGGACCUCCGGUCGCAGAGGUUGCUGCUGAGCAGCCGGGACCUGCACGCAGGAGAGGCCGGAGGGGCUGUCAGGAGGUGCAGGGUCUCACAGAGACCGGUCUCGACAGGAGACCUGAUUCCUCUUUGUCACUGGCUGAGCACUGACCCAGCCAGGGGCCCUUCACCCUCGAGCCUGGGCUGCUGGCUGCCUCCAGGGCCCCCUGACCGCAAGUACCGGUGCGACCUAGUCUCCCAUCACAGUGCCGAGGUCUACCACUACCCGAGCCCGCUGCACGCCGUGGCCCUGCAGAGCCCCCUGUUUGUGGCCUGCUCAGCCCGGGCCUACGCUGCGUGCCUGCCGCCCCCCAGGGAAGCGGGGCCCGGAGCUGCGGGCGAAAGGGUGCCCGAGGCCCCCGAGGCGACCCGGGGUCGGCUGGACAAGUACAUCUCGGGCCUGGUGCUGCGUUCCCGGUGCAGGCCACCCACCGGCCGCUCCGAGCUGGCCUGCCGGGCCAAGAGCCUGAGCCUUUCGUCCGUCUACAGCCACAGCUCCUCGGCCUCGGGUGGGGCGCUGGCCGGUCCCUCUCCCGCUGCCGUCGUCGGGGGCUGGAAGCUGCGCCGGAGGAUCUCCACCUGCUGCCCAGCGUCCGACAGGAUGACCCGCUCCCCGGGAGAGGCCCAGGUGCCCGGGGCCUACUCAGACACAGGCCGUCUCCCUCCGGGACUGGGCCUCUCCUGCUCUCCUCCUCCCUCCGAAGCUCCUCUCUACCGGGGGAGGCACCUGCACCGGGAGCUGGUCAAGUGCCCCGCGCCGCCAGCUGACCCCUGGGACCCGAGGCCCAGCAGGGAGUCAGCCAUCCGCUCCCUCUCUGAGGUCAAUCUCGAAUCGGCCUCCAGGCCCAAAGCCACGCCAUCAUCGCCGCCGCCGCCCGGCUCCGGUGGAUCAAGGCCUGCCAGCGGGAGGCAGAGGAAGUGGGCCUCUGUGCUGGAGAUUGGCAGCCUGUCCGGGAGGUGCGGGCCCAGGAAGCCCGGCCUCCUGAGCCAGGCCCAGGCUCUCCUCAGCCGUCGGCAACGGCGGGCCUUCCCUGCCAACGCCUCGCGGCUGAGCCGGGAGGAUCUCGGGGCUGGGCCAUGCCCGGGGGAGGGUGGCGGCGAGGCCGAGGGCAAGGGCCGGAUCCCUGGAGCCAGCGAGACCUUCCCCAGACACAGCGCUGCCUCAGAGUCUCGCUUCCACCGCUCCAAGUCCUUCAAGGAGCUGAGGAAGAAAGUCCAGCUAUCCAUCCGGCCGUGGUCACUUAAGGUGAACAGCUCCUCGAAAUGAUCCCCGACACGGGGCUGGGGUGGGGUGAGAUCCGGCUAAUUGGGGUGUGAUCUACCCCAUCCCAGUUGGGGGAUGGGUGAGAUCUGUGCCCUCAAUUUGUUGCUGGGAGCUGGGAUGAUAUGUGACAACCUCCCCCCCCCCCCCCCCCCCCCCCGCCCCCACCAAACCCAUGCUGGGUUGUAUGGGGUGGGCAAUGAUGUGUGAUCCACCCCAUCCCACAGGGUUGGGGGGAGAUCUGUCCCCAGUUGUUGGAGGAUGGGUGUGAUUUUGUCCCCUCAGUUGGUUGGGGGGGGAGGGCAGCUGGGUAAGAUCUGCCCCAUGCCCAGUUGUUUGGGGGAUCGGGGGAUGAUAUCUGCCCCAUUCCCAGUUGU